AUUCAUUGUCAGAAUUUGCCACUCAUGUUUUAUAUAAAUUGUGCCAUACGAAUCGUAUGACCAGUAAAGUAUUGAUUACCUGAUAAAUAACUUGAUUGUCCACUUUUUCCUUCAAUUUGACAGUUGAAUAACUUUCCAUCUCUUAUCAUCACUAAAAUGAUAAGAGUUGGAAUUAAGUAAUUAAAGUUUCGUGAUAAUAAGAAUUAAAUUAUAUUACAAGUAUUUUAUUUAUUCAACAAGUUGAUGAUUCAUCAGUGAUUUUGUAAUAGAAAAGGUAUGUAUUAGUUUUAGCUUCUAUCUCUGACGGUUAGAGUGGUUGAAGAGGUCACAUUAAUAACCAUGUAACAGAGCGCAAACAAAUAAAAAGUCUUCCCAAGUUUACAGUUGAUAUUUUCCCCAACGCAUGGUCUAAGGUCAGGUCUCUGACGUUUUCAUUCAGUCCACUAAAGUAGCUAACAGUCAAUACAACGCUUGAUCGUUGAUGACAAAACAUCGUUUUCGUCAUGAAACCCAAAGAUAUUAGUCAGUUGACAAUAGAAGAAUUCAAGACUUUUUUGGACUCGUUUGAUACAAUCAUGACUGAUUGUGAUGGUGUUUUGUGGCUUGGUGAAGUGCCAAUUAAAGGAGCAUUGGAAGCAUUAAAAUUACUUGAUCGUUUUGGUAAAAAAGUAUUAUUUGUUUCAAAUAAUAAUACACGUUCGAUAGAAGAUUAUCUACAAAAAUUCCAAGUAAUAGGAUAUAAAGCAACUCCGGACCAAAUAAUGUUACCUUGUCAAGCAAUAGUUUGGUAUUUGCAUCAUAUUGGAUUUAAAGGAAAAGCUUUUGUAGUGGGAUCCAAAGCUUUCAUUCAAGCUUUAAGUGAUGCUGGUAUAGAUAUUGUACUUGGACCAAAAUACGUAGAUGAAAACAUGGAUGUUAUCCACAAUGCUUUGAGGAGAGAACCAGAGAUAAAAGCUGUGAUAUUCGAUUUUGACAUAAACUUGAACUGGGUAAAAAUGAUUCAGGUUGCUGCAUUACUCAAAAGAGAUGACGUAUUAUUUUUCACGGGCCCAAGAGACAAAAGACUUCCAAUAUCUAAGACAAUAUCACUUAUAGGACCAGGAAAUUUUGUAGAUAUUCUUAUUAAUUACACUGGAAGGCAACCGAUAGAGUUUGCAAAACCAUCAGAAAUAUUAAAAAAAAUUUUAAUUAAACGUUAUGCCAUAAGUAAUCCUGAGAGGUGUAUCUUUGUUGGUGAUUCAUUGGUAGCAGAUAUGAAAUUUGCUGAACUCUGUGGUUUUCAAAAAUUUUGGGUUAGUUCAGGUGCUGAUAAUUUAGAAUCAAUUAAUGAUUGUGAAGUAAUACCUGAUUACUAUUUACCUAACUUAGGGAUGCUGCUACCUCUAGUGCAACGUUUAAUUGAUUGCGAAGCCCAAGAUAACAAUUUUUCUAAAUCUUAGAUUAGUAUCAUAAUCUAAUAAGUGUUGAAAAAUUAUUGUAUGAAUGAGUUAUUAAGCUACUGUAAUUAAAUAGUUUUGGAAUCAAAGUAUUAUAAAAAUAUUUUGACAGAUCUGAAAAAAUUGUAUGACAUAAUUGAGUAUCAAUAAUCAAAAAAUUAAGUUUAACAAUAGAUAGUGGACCAA